AUUUGUAAUUUCUAAAAACCAACCUUAAAACAUGUGGUCUUCAUGCACUUAACAUUUUCUCACUUUCUCUCUCCUCUCCUCUCCUUUCUCCAUUUAAUUACACCAUUCAUUCUUCUCCCACUUCCUCUCUCUCACUUUCUCCAAUUCUCUCGAACUAUACCACUUUUCGGCCCACUUUCAAUGGCCAUUGGGCUCUCCACCGUCGGGAGUUCCCAGACCCUUCCUCCUCUUUACGGGCCUGGGCCUGGGCCUAAGCCCACUUCCUUCCUCGCCCCAAUCUCCUUCUUCUACCGCCCGCCUUACCGGCGAUUCCCGGUUUACCGGUCAAAUAGGAGAGAGAAAAGCCUCACUAUCUGCUUCGUUCUUGAGGAACAGCGUGGAUUGAGGGGUUUCGAAACGGAGAGUACCAGUACAAGCGGUAAUGAUGAUGAGAUUGUUAAUGUUACACGGGUGAGUAUCGAGAAUGAUGACAGUCAAAUCUUAGCCGCACGAUUAUCGGAGAAAUUAGCUAGGAAGAAAUCUGAGCGGUUCACUUAUUUGAUUGCUGCUGUUAUGUCUAGCUUGGGUAUUACUUCUAUGGCUGUCAUGGCUGUUUAUUACCGCUUUUACUGGCAAAUGGAGGGAGGAGAAGUGCCAGUUACAGAGAUGCUGGGUACGUUUGCACUCUCGGUUGGCGCUGCUGUGGGAAUGGAGUUCUGGGCAAGAUGGGCACAUAGAGCUCUAUGGCAUGCUUCUUUGUGGCACAUGCACGAGUCGCAUCAUAGGCCGAGAGAAGGACCUUUUGAGCUAAAUGAUGUGUUUGCCAUUAUUAAUGCAGUCCCAGCUAUUGGCCUUCUUUCUUAUGGUUUCUUCCACAAAGGCCUUAUACCUGGUCUCUGUUUUGGAGCGGGACUUGGAAUUACAGUUUUUGGGAUAGCCUACAUGUUUGUGCAUGAUGGCCUUGUUCACAAGCGAUUCCCAGUUGGUCCUAUUGCCGAUGUUCCUUAUUUCAGAAGGGUAGCCUCUGCCCAUAAGCUACACCACUCAGAUAAAUUCAAUGGAGUUCCAUAUGGGCUGUUCUUGGGACCUAAGGAGCUUGAGGAGGUGGGAGGCCUCGAGGAGUUGGAGAAAGAAAUAAAUCGUAGGAUCAAGUCAUCCAAGGGAUUGUGAUUGAUCAAUAUGAUACUAGAUCGAGCCUGUUUUGUUAUCAUUAGAAAUUUAGAUAGAAUCAAAAAAAAAAAAAAAAAAAGAGAUUUCCUUGUGAGCGAGGAAGUAAAUGUUAAUCUAGGAUGGCUGCAUUCUGUGUAUAGAUGUAGAUUUUUUCGCUGUGUAUCAUGCUGUGUCCUGCCAAAUGGGAGACGAAAUUUGGACAUGAAACAGUGCUGAUUGAAUGUAAAAUUAAUCCUGUAAUGGGGGAAAAAAUGUCGAUUCUAGUGAUAGUAAAUAUUUGUUCAUUAUAUUUUGAAUAAACAAGGUGCUUAAGAAGCUUUUUUUUGUGAA